AUUAUUUUUUUGGAAAGGAUCUUAUUGUCCUUUCAGAACAUAAAAUUGACAGAAAUCUAGAUUAAACAUUAUCGAUCGAUGGUCUAAUUUAAUUUAAACUUUCACCGGCCUAACGAAAACUUAGGAGAGAAAAUCAUCCAAACAUGUAUGGAGUCCUCUUUUUUUUGCUAACUCCAUUUCUUAAUCUCACCCGAUUCUGCACUUCCACUGACACCAUAUCCCUAAACCAAUCUAUCAGAGACAACUAUGGAGACAAAUUAGUCUCUAGCGGAGAAUUCUUUGUGCUCGGGUUCUUCAGUCCCGGCAAUUCCAACAAACGAUACAUCGGAAUUUGGUACCAUAAAGUUCAAGAACAAACUAUUGUUUGGGUUGCAAAUAGAGAUAAUCCGAUCAAUGACACCUCCGGAGUUCUCUCCAUUGACAAAACCGGAAACCUCGUAGUACAUAAUGGAAAUGAUAGCUUCCCCCUCUGGUCGACGAAUGUCUCGGUGGCAGCUCCUGCCAGCAUUUGUUCAGCUCAACUUUUGGAUUCAGGGAAUUUGGUUUUGCUACAGGGCGAUGAUGGCAAAAGGGUUGUUGCAUGGCAAAGCUUUGAUUAUCCAACAGAUACUAUGCUUCCUUUCAUGAAAAUAGGGAUGGACCGGAGGACAGGUCUGAACCGGUUCCUAACGGCCUGGAAGUCACCUGAUGACCCGAGAAUUGGAGAGUGUUCUCUCAAGAUGGACCUUAGUGGGUCCCCACAAUUGCUCUUGUCCAAGGGUUCCAUUUGGUUAUGGCGAACCGGUCCAUGGAAUGGGCUUAAAUGGAGUGGUGUUUCGGAGAUGCCGACAUCUAAUUUCAUCUUUAAUGUCAGUUAUAUUGACAAUCAUGAUGAGGUCUCCCUACUUUACAAUUUAUUUAAUACCUCAAUUUUCUCAAGAAUGGUCGUGAACGAGUUCGGGAUCGUGCAAAGGCUUACAUGGCUAGAGGGAAACCGUAGAUGGGUCGAGAUCUGGUCGGCCCCCAAGGAUCGGUGCGACUCUUAUAAUUCAUGUGGUUCAUAUGGUAAUUGUAACCCACGUGAUGACGGGGAGUUCAAAUGCACAUGCUUACCUGGUUUUGAGCCCAAGGUGGCACGUGAUUGGUCCUUGAGGGUUGCAUCAGGCGGAUGUGUGAGGAAGCGCAAGGGACAAGUUUGUGGCAAUGGAGAGGGGUUUGUGCGGAUGACACAUUCUAACAUUCCCUAUGCAACAAUGACACAUGUGAAUAUAAGUUCGAAUUUGAAAGAGUGCGAGGAGGUGUGCUUGAAAGACUGUUCCUGUAGUGGUUACACGAGUGUAGACAUAAGAGGAGGAGGAGGAGGAGGGAGUGGGUGUGUCACUUGGCACAAUCAGUUGAUAGAUACAAGAGUGUUUUCAGAUGGGGGCCAAGAUAUAUACAUUCGAGUUGAUGCAGUUGAAUUAGCUCAAUAUUCCAAGUCAAAAGGCAAUCAUGGCAAGAAGUUGAAGGUGGCCAUUGUGGUAGUGUCAGUUGCUGUAGUGUCAUUUCUCAUAAUCUUCUUGGCAUAUUGGUUUGUAAUGAAGAAGAGUAAAGGAAAAAGGGGAAUGGGAAACUUGUCAUUUAGUGAAAAUGAGCUUGUUGAAAGUGAAACAAGUACAGAUUUACCAUUCUUUGAUUUGAGAACCAUUGUAGCUGCCACAGACAAUUUCUCUUCUGCUAACAGGCUUGGACAAGGUGGUUUUGGCACGGUUUAUAAGGGCCGGCUACAUAAUGGACAAGAAAUAGCUGUGAAAAGACUAUCAAAAAAUUCGGGACAAGGGAUAAGGGAAUUUAAGAAUGAAGUUACGCUGAUUGCGAAACUCCAGCACAGGAAUCUUGUUAAACUUGUAGGAUGUUGCAUUCAACAAGAGGAGAACAUGUUAAUCUAUGAAUACUUGCCAAACAAAAGCUUGGACUCGUUUAUCUUUGGUACAUAUGUGUUUUUCCUACAACUUUCAUUUGGCUCAUCUUUUAGGAUGCUGCAUUCAACAAGAGGAGAAAAUUGCAAUCUAUAUGAAGCUAAAAGGUCAUCAAUGGGCUGGGAAAAACUGUUUGAUAUCAUUUUAGGAAUUGCUCGAGGAAUGUUAUAUCUUCAUCAAGAUUCGAGAUUACGAAUCAUCCACAGGGAUCUAAAAGCCAGCAAUGUUUUACUAGAUGCUGCAAUGAACCCAAAAAUAUCAGAUUUUGGAUUGGCUAGAAUUUUUGGAGGGGACCAAAUUGAAGCAAAUACCAAUAGAGUGGUUGGAACAUAUGGUUAUAUGUCACCCGAGUAUGCAAUGAAAGGAUUAUUUUCAAUAAAAUCUGAUGUUUUCAGUUUUGGGGUCGUAGUAUUAGAGAUCAUUUGUGGCAGGAAAAACAGCAGUUAUGAUCAAGAGAACUUUCAGAAUCUAAUUGGACAUGUUUGGGACCUUUGGGGAAAAGGAGAAUCCUUGGGCAUAGUUGAUUCAUCAUUAGGUGGGUCAUAUCAAACUCAUCAAGUUCUUAGAUGCAUUCACAUUGCGCUUUUGUGUGUGCAAGAACACGCCAAUGAUCGGCCAACCAUGUCAGCAGUUGUUAUUAUGUUGUGCAAUGAAACUUCUCUUCCUCUGCCUAAACAGCCUGCAUUUAUUUCUAGAAGUUCCAAUAAUGGUCCAGACUCAUCAUUGGCUGAUGUUGGAGCCUGUUCCAUAAAUGAUAUUACAGAUACUAUGGUUGAGGGUCGCUGAAAUCUUUAACUAUCACAUAUUGUACCUUAGUCUGCCAUUGCUAGUCGUCCUAUACACGCUGACUAACAUUAUAUUUCCCCUUGACUUUUGGAUGUUAGCUCAAUAUCUCAAAAUGUUGUGUUGUGGUAUUAUUUUGUUUAUUAGAGCAUUUAGUGUAUUUUCUCACA